AUGAGCUUUUCUUUUGGCUCUAUUCCUAUCCAGAAGAGCACUAACAACCCGAAACCUGGUACAUGGGACAAGCCAGUGCCUACCGACCCCGUACAAGAUCGCAUACACAAUGAGUUCCUCGAGGAACAUAGGCUCGAGGACUAUAAGCAUGGCAAGGGGCGUAAUGCUUCACAGAUCGUCAAUCCGAAUGCUCAGAGCUUUUUCGCGCCCGAUUCGAGACUGUUAAUCAAAAAGACAUUAGUUGACAAAGGGAAAAUGCAACUACUUCAAGGCAACGGAGUGGAGAUUCAAGUCGGAACAAAACCACCAUCGUCGAACGGGGAUGAAGCAGACUCAUUCAAGACAUGGUGUCUUCCCAUAAAUCUGGUCUCACAUUACUCGCCUUACCUAAAAGAGACCUGCUCUUUGAUUCUUCAGGAAUCCAAUAAGCGAAUUAGGCUUCAUAACCAUCCACCUGAUGUGUUUGGCCUUUUUGUGGAGUGGAUGUACUAUGGAAGCUAUGAGUCCUCUUCGUCAGUAUCGAUUGAAAAUGCCGAUGCGAAAGGUUGGGUUCUUAGUGAUAAGCUUCGAUCUGUCGAGUUCAAAAACUACGCAAUGCGUCGUCUUUAUGAACAGCACACAAGACCAAUUUUCGGACGGCCUAUGACCUGCGAUGAUGUGCAGUACGUAUGGAGUAACACUUCACCCGGCUCCAAGUUGAGAAACUUCUCCAUGCACUUUAUCGUGGAACACUUUGGCAGUCCAGCGAAAUUGCUCGGUUCAUCAACAGAUUGGGAUACACUCCUUCAAACCCAGGCAGAAAUUCGGAUCCUGUUGUUAGACAAGUUCAGGAAGAGCAUAUCUUCACCGAUCCGUGUGGAAAGCAUUGAUGAAUACUUGGAGCCUAAUAACCUUGCUUUGAUCUUUCCUUCGCAGGAGAAGAGCAAGCCGAUUCAAUCGGCAACCGGCGCAAAGACGGGAAACAGUCCCCAGCAGAGAGAGACUUUCCAAUUGACUUCUAGGGCGAAGAAUUAUGAAGGAGCUGCAGUCAAAUUUGGAUGGAAAUUUGGAGAAAUUACAGACAAUUCUCCAACGCCUAGCAUCAAAGCCUUUCAGCCAAAACAAGACUCGCCCUCGAAGCUCAAUGCCAACGCCGUUGUGGGACAUGUGAGUCCAUGCAGUAUGAGUGUUGGCAAAUCAGAUAACGUUAGCAAGUCCCCUGAAGUUAGAAAGGGAAAAGAGCUUGCUAAAGGUGAAGUGAACGAUAAAAAGGAAUCGGGACUGGGCGAGGCUAGCUGA